AGGGGUCUGUACUAAACCAAAUUCCAUUUCAUUUCUCUUACCUGAAAAUGGCGCAUGGGUCAACAAUUAAGGAUCUCUCAGAGAAGCUCAAAGACUAUUUUCCUUUCUUGGAGAAUUUACAGAGGCUCCUGUCAAGUAAAAUAAACGAAACACUAGACCUAGUUGGCUUCACUGCAGCAAGAUUGAAGGACUCCCAUCCUAUAGUGAAGAAAUUCGUUGGUUUCACGGAGAAAAGGGUGACUGAAGCCCUCCCUCAUGUGAAGAGCUUUCUGGGUUUCUCGGCAGAAAAGAUCAAAGAACAUCCUUACGUAUUCGGGCUAGUGGUUUUGAUUGUUUUGUGGAAUGCUCCUCCCAUUCCGAGGAAGAUGAUGAAGGCCCCCGGAAGCGAUUACUUGAUGGCCAGGGAUGAUUUCGAAUUGAGCCCUAGAUCUUACUUUCUGGAUCUGAGGGGGAAGAAGAGACGCAGAAGAUGUCUUACAGGGAGGGUUUAUAAGAAUAUCAAAAGACAUCCUUACUUGCUUGGAUUAGCUGUUAUGAUCGUAUGGUGGAUCGCCGCCCGGAAAGAUUUGGAAAGCCCCGAGAAGAGACUGCCCAUGUUAAGGAACGAUUUUGAUUUCUGAGUCUAUAGGUUGUGUAUCUGUUUUUGUUUGUCUAGUUGCCAGACUUGUGUAUCGGUCGAUCUUUUGUUUUGUAGAAUCCCUCCUCUUACUUUCCUGUUUUGGUUUUCCUAUCAAUGUUUUGAGUUAUG